UGUCUCUCUCGCUCUGCAUCUCUCUCUCUAGAGAAAGAGAAGAAAUUUAGAUACUGUAGUAGCUUUGUUCCACCUAGCUUUGUCCCUGCAGUCACCCCCGUCUCUCUCUCUCUCUCUCUCUUCUUUUUCUUGUUCUUCGUCCUUCCAUUAAGAAAAGAAAAAGAAAACCCACUAAAAAGAACUGUCCUUUCAUCUCUCUCUCUCUGUAUCUCUCUGUGAGCAAAGAAGAGAAUCAGAGACUGCUGUCAGGAGCUUCUGUGGCUUCAUUAUCAAUCUGAACAAAUACAAUUCGUUUACUUCUUGGGGUAACUGUGUGCAAGAUUGAAAUUGAUUGUAAGAGGUUGACAGGGACGGCAUCUAAGUAACAGAUUAUUAUAAAAUUAUAUAAUCAGGGUUGUUCUUUCGGUCGUCGUGAAAUGGGGAUGUUUGAGGAAAUGGGUUUCUGUGGAAAUCUUGAUUUCCUUUCAGCUGCUGCUGGCGAAGGUGAGGUGGUUCUAGAGCAAGAACCAGAGGCAACUGUAGAGGAGGAUUAUAGUGAUGAAGAAAUGGAUGUUGAUGAGCUCGAAAGGAGGAUGUGGAGAGAUCGGAUUCUAUUGAGGCGGCUUAGAGAACAAAAUAAGGGAAAGGAAGGAGCUGACAAUGCAAGGCAGCGCCAAUCACAGGAACAAGCUCGGAGGAAGAAGAUGUCACGGGCACAAGAUGGAAUCCUGAAAUAUAUGCUGAAAAUGAUGGAAGUUUGUAAAGCUCAGGGUUUUGUUUAUGGGAUUAUACCUGAAAAAGGAAAACCAGUGAGUGGUGCCUCUGACAAUCUUCGAGAAUGGUGGAAGGACAAAGUAAGAUUUGAUCGUAAUGGCCCAGCUGCCAUUUCCAAAUAUCAGGCAGAUAAUUCAAUCCCUGGUUUGAUGGAAGACUGCAUUUCAGUGGCAUCCACUCCACACACCCUGCAGGAGCUCCAGGACACCACUCUUGGUUCACUUUUGUCAGCCCUGAUGCAGCACUGUGACCCACCCCAAAGGCGUUUCCCAUUGGAGAAGGGUGUUUCCCCACCAUGGUGGCCAACUGGUAAUGAGGAAUGGUGGCCUCAAUUGAACUUGGCCAAUCAGGGACCUCCCCCAUACAAGAAGCCUCAUGAUCUGAAGAAGGCAUGGAAGGUCAGUGUUCUCACAGCUGUGAUAAAGCACAUGUCACCUGAUAUUAACAAGAUCCGCAAGCUUGUUCGUCAGUCGAAAUGUUUGCAGGACAAAAUGACUGCAAAGGAAAGUGCCACAUGGCUGGCCAUUAUACACCAGGAGGAAGUUAUGGCCAGGAAGAUGUUCCCUGAUAAGUGUCCACCUGUAUCUGCUGGUGGGAGUGGAUCUUUCGUAAUCAGUGGUACCAGUGACUAUGAUGUUGAAGGGGUUGAUGAUGAACAGAAUGUUGAAGUUGAGGAUUGCAAACCUCUUCUGAAUCACUUCAAUAUGGGAAGUAUUGGACAAAGACCUCAGAUUAAGGGAGAGCUUAUUGAGACCAACUCGGAUUUUUGUAAGAAGAGGAAGCAGCAGCAGGCUGAAGAGCCACAAAUGAUUCUUAAUCAGAAGGUUUACACCUGUGAAUUCCUGCAAUGCCCAUAUAGUGAUUAUCGCAUUGGUGGCUUUUGUGACAUUACUGCUAGAAACAAUCAUCAGAUGAGUUGCCCAUACAGGAAUAAUUUUUCACCAGUGUUUGCAAUGCCAAACUUGCUUGACAAUGACAAACCUGCAGGCUUCCCUCUACCAGUUGCUCAAGCUAAGCCAGCAGUUAUACAACAGGUGAACCAGACAAGCCCUUACUGUGUUUCAGGACUCGGACUUGCAGAUGAUGGGCAGAAAAUGAUAUCCGAGCUUAUGUCAUCCUAUGAUAGCAAUACUCAGCACAGCCCGAAUCCUGGCAACCUCAAUGCUGUACAAGACCACAACCACCAGCAGGCAAAAUUUCAGUAUCCAGUGAAUGAUAACUUCUAUGGUCAAGGGAUAGUUAUGGCUCGUAACAAUGUGCCUGAACCAACACCGAUGCCCAUGCUUCAACAAGUUUUCCCAUCGCCUGAAGUUCAGUUUGAUCAGUGCAAGGUUUUUGAUUCUGCCUUUGGUAACAAUCCGAAUGAUGCUAUUCCUGACUUGAGAUUUGGAUCUGGAUCUCAGUUUAGCUUGGCAUCGCCGGACUAUAAUGUUGGUAACUCACUGCUGAAGCAAGAUGCUGCAUCAUCGUUUUGGUACAUCUGAACAAGUUUUAUGUCGGCUUCUCCAAUAUAUGGAUGAGUCUGUAUAUUAUGGGGGGAAACGGUUCAUCUUCUAUACACAGUAUUUCUUUAUCUUUCUGUUAAGGUUUUAGUUACUUAGUUCUUAUAUAGUUAUAUAUGUCCCCGGACUUGUUAGAUCCUAAGAAAUUGGGGGGUGUGUCACAGCAAGUUUAUUGUUCAAGUAUAGUUGGUUAAGUAGGCCAAUAAAAAGGACCGGAAAAUCCCAACCUAGCUGAUUGGCAAUCAGUGCUUUUGUUAGAGGCAUAUUCCGGUUCCCAAGGUCAAUAUUGGCAACCAAGUAUUAUUGUUGUGUUAUUUAUAUACACAGACAUUUAUUUAUGUGAUGCUUUCUUUCAUCA